AUGACCGACGUGGGCUGCCACGUGCGUGCGUCGAGUGAGGCGGCAAAGGUCGGAAGAGCGAGUGACGGAGAGAACGGGACGCUGGAGGGUGCGUUCGUUGCCAAACGUAACGUCAAUCAAUAUAUUCUCGCGGCAUGCCCAAGUAGUAGUAGCUGCGCCAGCAACAUACAGUGUCAUCAUGAACCAGGCAGGUCACAUUGGCCGCCCGAUCCCGAGGAGAAGGGUCGAGCCGGCAACAGAGCUCUUAGGAUCGCCGUGCUAUGGGCGUGGGUGCCGCCAAACGGCAGCGGUUCAUCUGAUGGGGAAGGGUGCCCGGGAACCAGAAAAAGGCUGGAGCGGUAUGGGAAUGGAAUGGGCAAUCUCGGGGCGGUCCCAGAGGGACGGACGGCAUUGACGCCGCCAGAAGGGUGUAAAUGGAUUAAAUUAAAGUGGUGUGGGCGAGCGUGUCAGACGCGUCGGGGGCUUGGGACACCGUGGCGUGGCCACGACAGAGACAAGGACAACAAGGGGAGAAGGGAGCCAGGAGGAGAGAAAUCUCUGCCACCAAGUGCCGAGGCUGGGGUGAGCUACGGGGGCCUCGGAGAGAUUCAUGUCGAGCAUGUGUGCCGGGUGAAGACUUGCAAAAGUCCACGGUCCGUAUAG